AGUCUGUCUGGAGCAGGAAGUGGGAAGUCUGCGGGAAGAAAACCAGGCGACUUUUCUAUUUAUAACGAUUUUCUCUCCAUACGCGAAAUUUACUUCAAUAUAUUUGCAUUAAGGAGGACAUUUCAGUAAACCAUGUGGAAAGCAGUCGUUGGUCAGUCUGUCUCUGUUGCAGUAGAUGAUGGAGGAGAUGACUGGGAGACUGACCCUGACUUUGAGAAUGAUGUGUCAGAGAAGGAGCAGCGAUGGGGUGCCAAGACCGUGGCUGGCUCUGGACAUCAGGAACAUAUCAAUAUUCAUAAGCUGCGUGAGAAGGUGUCAUGUGAACACAGUGAUCUGAAGCAGAAGGAGCUGGACAACAUGCCCAAAGCAUCUCAUGGAUAUGGAGGAAAGUUUGGAGUGCAGCAGGAUCGCAUGGAUAAGUCUGCUGUGGGUCAUGAGUAUCAGAGUAAACUAUCCAAACAUUGCUCUCAGACCGACACAUCGAAGGGGUUUGGAGGGAAAUUUGGAGUGCAAGCCGAUCGUGUUGACCAGUCUGCCGUGGGCUUCGAGUAUGCUGGAAAAACAGAGAAACAUGCAUCUCAAAAAGACUACGCCACUGGGUUUGGCGGUCGCUACGGCGUACAGGCAGAUCGCGUGGAUCAGAGCGCUGUUGGCUUCGAUUACAAGGGUAAAACUGAAAAACAUGAGUCACAGAAAGAUUAUGCCAAAGGGUUUGGUGGCAAGUUUGGAGUGGAGACCGAUAAAGUUGACAAGAGUGCAAUGGGAUUUGAGUAUCAGGGCAAGACUGAGAAACAUGAGUCACAGAAAGACUAUGUGAAGGGAUUUGGAGGGAAGUUUGGCGUUCAGAUGGAUCGUCAGGAUAAAUCUGCGGUAGGGUGGGAUCACCAGGAGAAACUGCAGCUGCAUGAGUCACAGAAAGAUUAUUCUAAAGGAUUUGGUGGGAAAUAUGGUGUGCAGAAGGACCGAAUGGACAAGAGUGCCGGCACAUUUGAGGAGGUGGAGAAAACAAGCGCCACAUAUCAGAAGACCAGACCAAUUGAAGCAGCUGGCAGCAGUGCUGGCAGUAUUAAGGCUCGGUUUGAGAACAUUGCAAAACAGGAGGAUAAGAAGAGAGCCGAGGAGGAGCGUGCUAGACAACAGGCCAAAGAGAAGCAGGAGCAGGAGGAGGCACGCAGAAAGCAGAAGGAGGAACCUUCAAAUGAGAACGUGGAGAAUGGUGCUAAUGUGUAUGAGGUGGAACCUGCUGCAGCAGAACCCACAUAUGAAGAACCGCUUCCAGAAGACCUGUACCAGAACCCUGAGCCGGACAGCCAGUACCAGAACACGGGUGAUCAGUCAAAUGAGUAUGGCGAGGAUCUGGGUGUGACCGCUGUAGCUCUGUAUGAUUAUCAAGCUGCGGGUGAUGACGAGAUUUCCUUUGAUCCUGAUGACAUCAUCACCAACAUUGAGAUGAUUGACGAGGGCUGGUGGAGAGGGGUGUGUCGUGGUGCAUAUGGACUCUUCCCCGCCAAUUAUGUUGAAGUUCGGCAAUAGACCCAUAUAAUGCGCCAUUUAAACCGCAGUGCAUCUCUGAAGAACACGUCGCCCGAUGCUUCCACACCACUGCUUCAUCACUUCACUCCUUUUCUUUUCUGUAUUGUGCUGGCACUUUCAGACUGCUCCCUUCAGCUGAAACUCGAACUGUCCAGUUCAUGUCAAUUUAUCCUCUGUAGUUGAGCGAGACUUCACUCCAGCCCUGCCAAUAGAGAUUUUAUGAUACUUAAAGUUUUUAUAUACUACAUAAUAUGUACGUACACACAGUGUAAAUCAGUGUUUGAAGAGGUGGUUGACCAAAGAUGGAGGAAUAAUGUCAGUUAUCAUGUACAUGGGUGGAUUCUUCAUGGAAUAAAUCUGUGGUAGCUCCUAAAUCAAUUUAAAUUCUUAAUCAUUUUCUCAUCUAGCUGUGUUUGAAAAGGUCUUUAAAAUAUUUCUGAUAUAUGAAGAGGUGUGUAUUAAAAUAAGAUACUAAUGGCUUGUUCUAUAGUGUAAAUUAUGAAAAGCGUUUCAUUUGCGCCGAGUCUCACAUGCUUUUCUUGUUUCUGAUUUAUAUCUAUGUAAGUUCUGUGGGUAUAUAUGACUAAAUCAGGAGUCUGUGAGUGCAUGACAUUUGGGACAGCUGAAUUAUCAUCAAGUGAUCUUUUGACAAAUGACAAUCCAGUGCAGGUGCAGUGGAAUAUAGUAUGAAGGCUUAGCAACGAUUAAUGCCAUUUUCUGUUUUACAUUUUUAGUUAAGUGACCUUUGCAAACAUAUUGUCUGUGCUUAUCUGUAUUUGCUCUCUGUCCAUGGUUUAAGAAAUAUCAAUUAAGAAUAAAAAAUAAAAUAGUUUUAGUAUUUUUAACACCGCAGUACCACUGAAAUACCAUUAUAAAAGUAAUGUAAUUAUAUAAAUUCAAAAUACUGCGCAUUCUUUUAUACUACUAUUGUAUUGAAUAUUUAAAGAGGAUCUAUGUUAAAACUACAUAACAGCAGUAAACUUUUAUUCAGAACAGGCUUGAAUUUUCUUUAUUCUGGCCCACAUAUUAUAAAUAAUAAUCUUACUUGGGGAGAUGCCUAAAAAGAACAAGAACCCUACAGCAAAAAAAACUUAGCAGAAUGAUUUUCAUCGUUUUCAGUAUACACCAAUGUUAUGAAUUUCUUUGUAUGAGUUGCACAUACAGAAUCAACACCGGGAUUUACAAAUUAACAAUAAAUAUGGUUCCAAUUUUAAAAUAUCACAA